AUGGCGGACGCAUUGGACCCUGCUCAACAGGCCAUGUGGCAGCGACAGCCCACCCUGUCAGGCACGAACGAUGCUGUCAAAGACACCAUUGGUGAUAUCUUCGACCGCUUCUGGGCAAAGCUGCUCGCGCGCCUACAACCAGCGACGACUACCCGCGUACCACCAGCACAGGACACAGCCUGUGGCGAGAGGAGGCCGGGGACAUUUCUUCAGGGCACACUACUUACCCAAGAUACAGACUCCAGCACUAAUGGCCCUCCUGGGCAGAGAGCAACAGGGGGUGCACCCCAUAGGUGCCGGCCACACCGGCAGAGGACGGUAAAACAAAAGCCACAGCGACCUACGAUCAAGGCCCGCCGCACCAUUGCGACAGGGACGACCCUGGGCCGCAAAGGAACCCGGGCUCGUGGCAAGCAGGUACCAGCUCUUCUACAUCUCCGGGGCAGAAGAGUAGCCUUGCCUCCAAGACGCCAUGAGGCCCCCCAGAGAGCGUCAGAGCUCAUGGCUCGCUGCAACUGUACAUCGCAAAACACCGGGGACUGA